GACCGACCAGGAGAAUAGGCUGACAAUAUUGAGGGAAAACGAAACGUUUUAAAAGACUAAUAAGGAUACUAUAGCAUAUCAAAAUGGUGAAAAAGAAAGGACAAAAGAGCGCACAGAGUAAGAAAAAACUUGAUCUUGCGGCUGCAGUGGAGGCGGCUGAACAGGGAGAAGAAGAAAGCGAUCUAUCAAAGUUAAACUUAGACUCAGAUGAUUUUCACACUGCCUCGGCGGCUAAAAAAGAAAAUGGCGACAUGAAUGAUAACGAAAGUGGUACAGGAAAUAAUGAUGAUGAUGAUGAAGAAGAGGCUGUAGUUAUGAAUUAUAACCCGCCUGAAGAGGGCCCUGUGACAGAGCAAACAGAGGAUACAGUGGAUAUGCAGAAGCUUAGCAAAAAAGAGAAAAGGAAACUGAAAAAGAAGGAAAAAUUUGAAAACGAAACACAAGAAGUGGCUGGGUCUCAAUUUUCUGUAUCACAACAAGAAUCCUCUACAAAAACUGCUGUUCUGGAAAAUGCAUUAGAUAUUAAGGUAGAGAAGUUCAGUAUCUCUGCCCGUGGAAAAGAUCUUUUUGUAAACGCAAAUCUUAACAUCACUGCUGGUCGGCGUUACGGUUUAGUAGGACCAAAUGGCAUGGGCAAAACAACUCUUCUAACACAUAUUGCUGCCAGAAAACUUGCAAUUCCACCAAAUAUCGAUGUCCUUCUUUGUGAACAAGAUGUGGAGGCCAGUGAAGCACCUGCUUUUGAUGUGGUGUUAAAAGCGGACAAGAAAAGACUUCAAUUACUGGAAGAGGAGGCACACCUUGUUGCAUUAAGUGAAAACGGAGAUGAGACAGCAACGGAGAAACUAAAAGAGGUGUAUGUCGAAUUAGAGGCUAUUGGUGCAGCUUCUGCAGAAGCGCGAGUCCGCAGGAUCUUGGCAGGUCUGGGAUUUACAACAGAAAUGCAACAGAGACCUGUUAGUCAUUUUUCUGGAGGAUGGAGGAUGAGAGUUUCACUUGCAAGAGCUCUGUUUAUGGAACCAACUUUGCUUAUGUUGGAUGAACCUACAAACCAUUUGGAUUUGAAUGCUGUCAUUUGGCUUGAUAACUACCUUCAAAACUGGAAGAAGACGCUGUUAGUUGUAUCUCAUGAUCAGUACUUUUUGGACAGUGUUUGUACGGACAUCAUUCAUUUAGAUCAACAAAAGCUUUUCUACUACAGAGGAAAUUACGAGCAGUUCAAGAAAAUGUACGCACAGAAAGUCAAGGAGCAGGAGAAGGCUUAUAAUAAACAGCAAAAGCAACUCAAGGAUCUCAAGGCUUCUGGUUCAUCCAAGAAACAAGCGGAGGAGAAGACAAAGGCAGCUCAAGGGAGAAAAAACAAAAAAGGAAGCAAGAAAGGAGACAUGGAAGAGGACGAUCUUCAACCAGUGGAACUUAUCAGGAAACCCAAAGAGUACGUGGUAAAAUUUUCCUUUCCACUGCCGCCGCCGCUUAAUCCACCUAUCCUUGGAUUAAAAUCUGUGACGUUUGGCUAUUCCAACCAACCAAAGCUCUUUAAUGACCUGGAUUUUGGAAUUGACAUGAAGUCUCGAAUUGCUGUCGUUGGAAAUAAUGGAGUUGGCAAAAGUACAUUCUUAAAGCUUUUGAUUGGCGAACUUGAACCGGUAAAAGGCGACGUUGUACGGAAUCACAGACUGCGUAUUGGUUCGUACAACCAGCAUUCUGCUGACCAGCUUAACAUGGAGGAUUCACCCGUGGAGUAUCUUCAGAAAAAAUAUAAUCUGGAUUACCAGUCGGCACGAAAGCAUCUGGGAAGGUUUGGAUUAAUCAGCCAUGCUCACACCAUCAAGACAAAAGAUUUAUCAGGUGGUCAGAAGUCACGUGUGGCGUUCGCUGAUUUAUCACUUAGUAACCCGGAUGUCAUUGUAUUGGACGAACCCACAAACAACUUGGACAUCGAAUCCAUUGACGCCCUCGCGGACGCCAUUAAUGAAUUUACUGGAGGUGUGAUCUUGGUGAGUCACGAUGCACGUCUUAUACUUGAGACUUCCUGUCAACUUUGGGUUGUGGAAGAUCAAGAAAUAACUGAGGUGGAUGGUGACUUCGAUGAUUACAGACAAGAAAUAUUAGAGAAACUAGGAGAGGAAGUGAUCGCCAAGUCCCAUUAAACGGAUUAAACUGCAGAGCAAACCUUUGGCUGAUACAAGCGGAUUGCAGUUACCUGCUUGGAUUGAGAUGAACGGACAUACUAAUUACAGACUACCCUGGUGGAUUCUCUCGCUUGAGUACUUUCAUCACCACUGAACUUGAAGACUCUAGAAUGAGUGAACUGCUGUCUUGCCUUCUUAAUCAAGAUCAGCGUUGCAUGCAGCCCUGCACAGCACCGCUGAGCCGCGUCAGAGAUAUUUUUAAUGUAGACAUUGCUGUGAAUUGUUACUUUGAUUCAGUGCAGUCGUGAUGUGCUGAUGUUAUUUACCUCAGGGUCGGAAUAAGAACGAUUGUAUAGCAUUUCAGCUCAAGGAUAAAAGGAAGAUACAGUACUCGAGAUUGAACUAAUAAAGUAGCAGUAACAAUG